UAACUUUAAAUUUUAGUAAAUAAAAAGGUUAGCCCAAUAGUUUUGCUGCCAUGUGUAUUUAAACUGCUGCUUUAUCAUUAACUUUAGAAUUAUGUCAAAUAUUUAAAUUUUUAUAAACUGAAAUGUCUAAUAAUAAUUUUUCAAGAGAUUGUCCUAGUUUAAGGAAUCCGUUUGAUUACGCUUUCAAGGUAAUGCUUAUUGGUGAUAGCGGAGUUGGAAAAACCUGUUUACUUAUUAGAUUUAAAGAUGGUGCAUUUUUGAGUGGAAGUUUUAUUUCAACAGUAGGAAUAGACUUCAGGAAUAAAACAAUCAUUGUUGAUGAAAAAAAAGUCAAAUUACAGAUCUGGGACACAGCAGGGCAAGAACGCUUUCGAAGUGUAACUCAUGCUUAUUAUAGAGAUGCCCAAGCUUUAUUACUUUUAUAUGAUGUUGGAAGUCGUCGAACAUUUGAUAAUACUAGGGCAUGGUUGUCUGAAAUAAAAGACUACGCAUCAACUGAUGCUGUGGUAAUGUUAUUAGGGAAUAAAGCUGAUCUGACAAAGGAAAGGCAAGUGAAAAGAGAAGAAGGAGAAAAGUUAGCUAUGAAUUUUAAUGUGCCAUUUUUGGAAACAAGUGCAAAGACUGGUAUUAACAUAGAGCUAGCAUUUGAAGCAGUGUCAAGAGUUACAAGAUAUUGAUGUUUUAAUGUUCCA